CGAGAACGAGACCCCCUUCUUCCUCACCGCAUUCGCAUCUCCCUCCGGAUCCCCCCCUCCCCCCACCGCCUCGCCGCCGGCCCGUCGACGCCCGCCCCUCCUUCCUUCCUCCCCCUCGUUCGCCAUUCCACCCCCUCGAUCCCUCGCGCCCGAUUCGUGACGGACGACGCAGCCGCGGGGAGUGAUGCCGGUGGGCGGGGCCGUCCUGCUGCUGCUCCUGCUCCUGCGCCGGUGAUCUCUCUCUAUCUCUCUCACGCCCGCCCGCCCGCCCUCGCACGCGCCCACGCCGCGGCAGCCGCGCGCCCGUCCCACCUCCGUAGUCGCAGCAGCAGCCCCCCCGCAGCAGCAGCAGCUCCCCCCGUUCUAGGGUUUGCUCCCCCGAUCUCGCCCCCCGGCUGGUCUCCUUUGCUUGGACCCCGCGCUCGUCGCCUCGACGGCUAGCCGGGCGCAGAUGUUCUCCCACGGCGCCGAUUCCGCCCGUGACGCCGCCGGGGCCGCCGUCGGCGUCAGCGCCGCCGUCCCCACCCGCUUCGUCUGGCCCUAUGGAGGCAAGAGGGUCUUCCUCACUGGCUCCUUCACCAGGUGGUCAGAGCAUUUGCCGAUGUCUCCCGUUGAAGGUUGCCCCGCCGUAUUUCAAGCAAUCUGCAGUUUGUCUCCAGGAAUUUAUCAGUACAAGUUCUUUGUGGAUGGGGAGUGGAAGCAUGAUGAGCGGCAACCUACUAUAACAGGAGACUAUGGGGUAGUAAACACUCUAUACUUGACAAGGGAAUAUGACCACAUAAAUAACGUACUGAGCCCUAGUACACCUGGAAGCAGGGCGAACAUGGAUGUGGACAAUGACAGUUUUCAUCGGACAGUUUCAUUGUCAGAUGGCGCCCUUCAGGAAGGUCCUCCAAGAAUUUCAGAGGCUGCUAUACAGAUCUCUAGGUGUCGUGUUUCUGAGUAUCUGAAUGCGCAUACUGGCUAUGACUUGCUGCCGGAUUCGGGCAAGGUCAUUGCUCUGGAUAUUAAUCUACCCGUGAAGCAAUCUUUCCAUAUUCUCCAUGAACAGGGCAUUCCUGUGGCUCCUUUAUGGGAUUCAUUCAGGGGUCAGUUUGUUGGCCUUCUGAGCCCGCUGGAUUUUAUACUUAUAUUGAGAGAGCUGGAAACACAUGGCUCAAACCUGACAGAGGAACAGCUUGAAACACACACCAUAUCUGCGUGGAAAGAGGCUAAGCGGCAAACUUAUGGAAGAAACGAUGGGCAAUGGAGGUCAAACCAGCAUCUAGUGCAUGCUACUCCUUUUGAAUCCUUGAGGGAUAUUGCAUUGAAAAUACUUCAAACUGGUGUUUCUACAGUUCCAAUUAUCUAUUCAACAGUGUCAGAUGGAUCAUUUCCACAGCUGUUGCAUCUUGCAUCCCUUUCAGGAAUCUUGAAAUGUAUUUGUAGAUAUUUUAAGAACUCCACUGGUAGUUUGCCUAUAUUAAACCAACCAGUGUGCACAAUUCCGCUGGGUACCUGGGUUCCAAAAAUUGGUGAUCCCAAUGGUCAUCCCUUGGCUAUGUUGCGACCUAAUACAUCACUUAGCUCUGCUCUUAACUUGUUGGUUCAAGCUGGAGUUAGUUCAAUACCAAUUGUGGAUGACAGUGACUCGCUGCUUGACACAUAUUCCAGAAGUGACAUCACAGCUCUAGCAAAAGACAAGGUCUACACACAUAUUCGCCUAGAUGAGAUGACCAUCCAUCAGGCUUUGCAGCUUGGACAAGAUGCGAAUUCACCUUUCGGACUUUUUAACGGGCAAAGAUGCCAGAUGUGUCUUCGUUCUGAUCCUUUGCUGAAGGUUAUGGAGAGAUUGGCUAAUCCUGGGGUGCGACGUGUGUUCAUUGUGGAAGCCGGUAGCAAGCGUGUGGAAGGCAUCAUAUCGCUGAGCGAUGUAUUCAAGCUGUUGCUGAGCUAGAGAGAAGGUGUCAUGUCAAUAUUGUCGCGGCAACCGCCAGAGCUAACAGGGUAGCGAAAAGAGAUUGUGAUUGUCGCGGCAACUGCCAGAGUUAACAGGGUAGCAAAAAAGAGAGAGUUGUGAAGCCUGACAGUUUGAUCUCUUGCAUUUGGACAAGAUGGGAUUUCAGUUUGAGGCCUGCCCUUUGCUGCUGCUGAUAAUGGCCAUUCAGGGUCUGUAAAGUUUUUUUCUUUUUCUUGUGCCAUACCUGGUGAUUUUUAUUUAUUGGAUUGUCGUUGCUGUCCUGGACCCGGAGGAGAGCUAGGUCGUCAUCAUUCUGUGUCCUGUCCAUUCUAGAGACAUGUUAGACUUGAACUAGAGGGAGGGGAGGGGGUUGGGAAGGAGAGGGAUGUUCCUGAGACUGAAUGAAUGGUCCACCAUGUGUUGUUUUUGCCCAACAAGCCUUUUCGGCGGGCAGUCAUGCAACCAUGUGAAGAUGGUGUGUUAUAUUUCCUUUUGAACAUCUUGGCGACGAAUGCGUCGUCUUUGGGUGGGUCGUCUGAGUGAUGUAAAAAUUGUAAACACCGUUUUAUGUCUGAAAUCAUUUGACAUUUCCCUGUCCCU